AUGGAAUAUAUGACCGAGUUCUACCUGACAACUUUGUGGACGUACAAGCCCAAAGUUGUCAGGCAAAUAAUCGAUGACAUGACAAGCUUGGGAUUCACACAAGCCGAGUUUACUUACGAUAGCGAAUACAGUUGGUUCAAGGUCACCUGUCGUAGCGACGAUGCAGAUGAAAUUCGCGAGCAGUUUGGCAACAUCGCUCGCGAUAUCGAGAGAGAGGCGUUUGAGGCCUGCGAGAAUGACUUGUUGAACAUUGAUGACACUCUCAAGUCGUCCUUCGACAACGAGUGGUUCGGCCAGGAUGUCGGUGAUGUCUCCUCCUCGGAAUCCGGCCAAGUCGACGAGAUAUACUGUCGCCCCAAGCCCCAUGUCGAGUAUCGUUUUGCCGAGGUGUGGGACAUUCUAGAUAAGAACGACGAGCCGUAUACCAUCAUGGACAUUCUGGACCGCCGGCAAGCCAAGCUAGUAGAGGAUGAACUGAAGGUCAAGCUGGAUGCCCGCCUCAACGGCAAGUUAGUUCAUAUCGCUGCCAAUAGCAAGGAACCUAUCCACGAAGCCUGCGAAAGGCUCGAAGUCAUGCUUGCCGCCAGAAAACUCUUGCCUGCCUCAUCACGCGCAACUCACGUCGUAGACCCCGAGGACCACGCCGAUCCGACGGACCCUGGCUUUACAGCCGACGUCCGUUACCUCGCAAACAUCGACCAAAAACUGGCGUCUUCAACUCUCCUGGAUCCAGCCAUGGUCCACCAACUGACAGAAGCUUACAAGUCAAUCUAUCGGGACGCGUCCUCGAUUCGCAUCUGCCUUUGGGCUCCUGAUAAGGGUUACCAUAUUUCUCUCCUAGGACCAAAGGUUAACGUUCGGCUCAGGGACAGGAAGGUUUUUGGAAAUCGGCCCGCGGUCUCCAUUAAGACAAUUGACAAGUUCGAUUUCGUAGCCAACAACUCCAGCCCGCCUAAACAGAACUCGGCUCUUGAGGCGAGCAGCCAAGUAGAGCAUUGGAUUCGACAGCUUCCGGUUGUUGAGGAAUCUUUAAGACAUGCCGCGCACCACCUCAUCAAUGACCAAGUCGCAGUCAAGUCGUCGACAGCAUCCGUCGAGCAGGAAGAUCUCAUGAGCUUUCAUAACGAUGAGACGACUUUAUGCCGAGAGACCUCCACGGCUGCGGUAUCCGAGACAAUGACCGCGCAUUCAGAGCAGCAGUACAACGUAGCUGCCCGCAUUUCAGAACUCUGCAACAAAAUCUCGCCGCUUUACACGGGACUCGACAUGUUGAGCGAGCAAUCUGUGAGCAAAUCGCGAGAAGAUGAGCUCGGGUUCACUGGCGAGGAUUGUUUGAUCGAUAUGAUGGCGGCAGUAGACAUAACAAGCCCCGACAACGGGUUGAGAUCUACGAUUGGGUGGCAGAUGCCAGCACUCAUUCCCCUGCCGGGUGAAAAUGUGAGAUUGGGAGAUAAGAACGAUGACUCGAACGAUCAACCGGCAGUUGUGGGUAGCUCGACGCAAAACCGACAUCCAUUGCCGGCCCCUCACUCAAACCAGUGGCAUCCGCAGCAAGACACGACGACUACAAGGAGUCCAGGCAAGGAGGUUGUGAUCAAGAAGCAGCGGGUCACACAAAAUGGCGGGAGUUCUAAAUCUUUGAAUCCUCACGGGCCCCCAAGCUUCGACGCCCUGUCAAGCCAACCCCCAUUGCCUCGCAAUUCGAAAGUUGACGGCUAUAGUCAUCUGCCCUCCUCCGAGAGCUUUCUCAAGGAGAUUGAAGCAGCAAUAGCCAAACUUCUUCUCCUGGGCCCGUACCGGCGUGGCAAGCUUGCAGUGCGGGCCGAGCUUGGCCGUAUCAUCCUUGAAAAGGUGGACCGAAGCGGCCUGGCUUUCAACAACGCAACCACACCCAGCAACGGAUGGAUGAAGGCACAGUUGCUGAGGAAUCUAAACAAUGACUUUGGCGGAAGUCAUAACAUCAGCUUCACCAAAAUUCUGUCUACGUAUGGUUGUGAUGUUGAGGAUAUGGUCAACUUGCAGGUAAAUGGAACUCGACUGUGGGAGGAGAUACCGAGCCGUGUCUGGAUCACCUACUCCUUCCACUGCGGUCUGCGCUCCGGAAAAGGCCUCUCACGUUUCAUUGUUGACAUUGAGGAUCGUGACCCCAAGAGCAGCCAGUUCUCUUACUCGAUCCGUCUGUUCGACGGCGCAGAGAGCGCAGACAAGCCGAUGCCCGUCUACGUUCAUGCGAUAUGCCGUCACUGGGAUCUGCGGAUUACGAUGACUCAUACGAAGACGGAUGAGCUAGAGGAAAUGUAUGGCGCCUUUGCGAAAGAUUUGUUGCGGUCAUUGAGCGUUGUGCGCAACGAGCAAGGUUCUCUGGAGGUCAGGUUCGCUGUGCCAGCAGAGGCUCCUGCAGAUGUCCACGCGGUCCGUGUUCUGACCAAAUGGCGUUAUCCCAGCGCUGACCGCAAGAGCGCCCUCGAGAUCACCGAGAUCUUGCAGCUGGUGACGGAUUCAUACUCCGAGGGGCCGUACUCUGGAACCGCAUGGAAUACGUACGAGGGGAAGCGCUCUCGUCCAUGGUCUCAGAGAAUCACUCGGGAGAAGCGAGACAAAGGUGAAGUGCCGCGGUGGUAUGAGGCCGCUGUGGUGUCGCUCGAGUUGGAAGACCUUUUCCAGCAAAAUGCCUUUCUCAAGAUCGGUGAGAAGGCCGGCUGGGACGCCACGGACGUUCGAAACCGUGGUAUAUUCCCUUCCAUUUACAGCCCGGCGCUGCAGAUGGUGAGGCAGAUUGACCACGUCGGCAGACUGGACGACAACCAUCUGUCACAGAAAUACGGGGAAUUGCUGCUUCAAGGGUCGGGACGGGCCGCGCCAUCGCCGGCGUCGGAAGCAAGGCUCGACCAGGUCAGAUUCCGAAGUUGGAUCAAACCAGCGCAGCUCUAG